GUGAUCAUGCCUCUGAAAAUCACAGAAAUGGCCCACAACGGUGAAUGGAUUUUCCCAAAGUCCAUGUGCAAAUUUCGGUCCUUGACCAGCAUCUAUCUCUGCACAGUGUCUGUCUACCAUGUCAUGGGAAUGGCUAUAGAUCGCUACCUCGCCAUCUGCAGACCAAUGUCCUAUCGCCUCCUUACUAUCAAAACAGGUUGUCUCAUGGCCGGUCUUUUCUGGACAAUCCCCAUGGUUCUUUAUUUAAUCCCAAUCAUAGCUAAAUGGAUUAUAAUCGUACGAUCUGAUACAGGAUGUGGGCAUCUGAGAAAUAACUUCUGCAAGGCAAAGAUGCAUGAUACGUACUCCGUAGCUAGCGCAGUGUUAUCAUUUUAUAUUCCGUUCCUAAUGAUUUUCAGCCUGUAUUCGAAAGUUUUGCUCGAAGUUCGAAAAUUCCACAAAGGACAUCAUGGGACCUUGUCUAAAAGUCGAUCUCAGAAAAAUGUCAGCCUCAAGUCAAAUUCAUCUGAAAAUGAUUCUUUUAACGACAACGGUCAAAAAGAGAAUAAUCCGGGAAGUCUGCGCAAGUGCUCCGGUUCAUCUAACAUUUCAAAGAAAUUGUCGAACAUUGGAAAAAGCAGCAGUAGGGAAUAUCGCAAACCCUCCAGUGAUCUGAGACUUAAUUACGUUGGUACUUCCUCGUUUAGAAAAUCUGGCAUAAGGAAAAAGAGCACGAAGGCGCUGUUAACCAUUGGCCUGAUUGUCAUCACUUUCACUGUGACAUGGCUGCCUUUUUCUGUGUUCAAAGUUGUUUUUGGCGUCAGCGGCCAUACCCCUUUUCCUGCCUGGAUUUACAACUUAACCAUUUGGAUGGGGUACUUUAACUCCACACUGAACCCGAUUUUAUUCUGCUUGCACCAGGGCAUAAGGUCAUCAGUGAAAAAAUUAUUAUUUCCUUGAUUGUUGAAUUUGAAAAACAUAUGACGUCAAGCAGACGAUAUUGGUAUUUAAUUCAAAUCAGACCUA